GUUAGAGAGAGAGAGAGAGAGCAAUAAUUUACUUUUAAGUACCCUUUGCCAGCUCGUUAUACGUCUCCAUUUCUCAUCUCUCACACCUCCUCGCCAUCAUCGUAUGCUCUGCACAGAGAAAAGAGAAAGCCAGAAAGUGAAACCAGAGAUCUCAGCAACCCAAAUAUAGUUUUUUGUUUUGGGUUGUCAGAGUUUUAAAAAUCAGAAGGUACAAGUCAAAAGAGCAUCUCUUUAGUCUACUGAGGGAAAGGAGUUGAAAAGGUUACCCCACAAUGGCUAGCUCUACAAAAGUUCUGGAUCCUGCAUUUCAGGGAGUUGGUCAGAGAGUAGGGACUGAAAUUUGGCGGAUUGAGAACUUUCAGCCAGUUCUGUUGCCAAAAUCAGAAUAUGGUAAAUUCUACAUGGGGGAUAGUUACAUUGUUCUGCAGACUUCCUCUGGGAAAGGAGGUUCUUAUCUAUAUGACAUUCACUUUUGGAUUGGAAAGGAUACAACUCAGGAUGAAUCUGGAACUGCUGCAAUAAAGACAGUUGAACUUGAUGCAGCCCUUGGAGGGCGGGCAGUUCAGCACAGAGAACUCCAAGGGCAUGAGUCGGACAAGUUUUUGUCAUACUUUAAACCAUGCAUUAUACCAUUAGAGGGGGGUGUUGCUUCUGGAUUCAAGACACCUGAGGAAGAAAAGUUUGAAACACGACUCUAUGUUUGCAAAGGGAAACGAAAUGUCAGAUUGAAGCAGGUUCCAUUUGCUCGCUCUUCACUCAAUCAUGAUGAUGUGUUUAUCCUGGAUACUGAGAAUAAGAUUUAUCAGUUUAAUGGUGCAAAUUCCAAUAUCCAAGAGAGAGCCAAGGCUUUGGAAGUUAUUCAGUACUUCAAGGAAAAGUAUCAUGUGGGGACGUGUGAUGUGGCUAUUGUUGAUGAUGGAAAGCUGCAGGCUGAAUCAGAUUCAGGUGAAUUCUGGGUCCUCUUUGGAGGUUUUGCACCAAUUGGAAAAAAGAUUCCAAGUGAAGAUGAUGUUAUUCUGGAGAAAACUCCUGGGAAACUUUAUAGCAUUACAGAUGGUGAGUUGAAGAUGGUAGAAGGUGAUCUUUCUAAAUCUAUGUUGGAGAACAAUAAAUGCUAUAUACUAGACUGUGGUGCUGAGGUAUUCAUUUGGGUUGGCCGGGUAACACAAGUGGAAGAGAGAAAAGCUGCCAGUCAAGCUGCUGAGGAAUUUAUAGCUAGUCAAAAUAGACCAAAGUCAAUGCGCAUAACCCGGGUUAUUCAAGGGUAUGAAACUCAUUCAUUCAAGUCCAACUUUGAGUCUUGGCCACUGGGGACAGCGGCCUCUGGUGCUGAGGAAGGAGGAAGAGGAAAAGUAGCAGCUCUUUUGAAGCAACAAGGUAUUGGUCUAAAGGGAAUUGCGAAAGGCACUACUCCUGUAAAUGAAGAUGUUCCACCUUUGCUUGAAAGUGGUGGUAAAACUGAGGUAUGGCGCAUCAAUGGCAGUGCCAAGACGCCAGUUCCAAAAGAAGAAAUCGGUAAAUUUUACAGUGGAGAUUGCUACAUUGUUCUUUAUACAUACCAUUCUGGCGACAAGAAAGAGGAUUACUUCCUGUGUUGUUGGAUGGGAAUAGAUAGUAUUCAGGAUGACCAAAUGAUGGCUACUAGGUUAGCUAAUACAAUGUCCAACUCAUUAAAAGGGAGACCCGUUCAGGGCCGCAUUUUUGAGGGGAAAGAGCCACCACAAUUCAUUGCGCUCUUUCAACCUUUGGUUGUCCUUAAGGGUGGAUUAAGUUCUGGUUACAAGAAAAACCUAGAGGAGAAAGGUCUGAAUGAUGAAACUUAUACUGCUGAUGGUGUAGCACUUAUUCGUGUCUCCGGAACAUCUGUGCAUAACAAUAAGGCAGUUCAAGUUGAUGCAGUGGCAGCAUCCUUAAGCUCUGAUGACUGUUUCCUUUUGCAAUCUGGCUCUUCAAUGUUCAACUGGCAUGGAAAUCAAAGUACCUUCGAGCAACAACAGUUGGUUGCUAAAGUGGCAGAAUUCUUGAAGCCAGGAGUUACCUUGAAACAUGCUAAGGAAGGAACUGAGAGCUCGGCCUUCUGGUCUGCAGUGGGAGGGAAGCAAAGUUACACGAGCAAAAAAGUUACACAAGAGACUGUUAGGGAUCCACACUUGUACAUUUUCUCAUUCAAUAAUGGAAAGUUUGAGGUAUCUGAAGUUUACAACUUCUCUCAAGAUGAUCUGUUGACUGAGGAUAUGCUGAUACUUGACACACAUGCUGAGGUCUUUGUUUGGGUUGGCCAUUGUGUGGAUUCGAAAGAAAAGCAAAAGGCUUUUGAAUUUGGCCAGGUGUACAUAGAAAUGGCCACAAAACUGGAAGGGUUAUCUCCUGAUUUGCCACUGUACAAGGUCACGGAAGGAAAUGAGCCAUGCUUCUUCACAACAUACUUUUCGUGGGAGUCUUCCAAAGCCACUGCUCAUGAAAACUCAUUUGUGAAGAAAAUGUUCUCGCUUUUUGGUGCACAUUCUUCGGAGAAUCAAGAUAAGUCCAACAGCUCAAAUCAGGGAGGAGCAACUCAAAGAGCUUCAGCUUUAGCUGCAUUGAACUCUGCCUUUAAUCCAUCCAGUUCAUCCAAAGCUGCAGCUCCCAAGCCAUUUGGUACAAGCCGAGGAUCACAGAGAGCAGCUGCUGUAGCUGCUCUUUCAAAUGUUCUGACUGCUGAACAGAAGAAGCGCUCGCCUGAGGCAUCUCCUGCGCGAGGCUCUAGAAGCCCACCAACAGAGGAAAGCUCUGCUAGGUUGAAAAGUGAAAAUGCUAACUCUGAGGUGGACUCUCAAGAAGGAUCUCCAGUGAAGGAAACAGAAGAGGGAAUAUUAUCCAUAUCUGAGAGCAAUGGAGAGGAGUCAGAGUUGAAACAAGAGAUCGAACAGGAGACGGAGCAGGAGGAGGUGCAGCAGGAUGAGAAUGGUAGUAAGACAUAUAGUUAUGAUCAAUUGAACACCAAAUCGACCAACCCAGUUAAAGGAAUUGAUUUCAAGAGGAGAGAGGCCUAUCUGUCUGACGAGGAAUUCCAGACUGUAUUGGGGAUGACGAAAGAAGCAUUCUACCAGCUGCCAAAGUGGAAGCAGGACAUGCGGAAGAAGAAAGUGGCUCUCUUCUGAGUAUUCGCAAGGAGUGACUGCACUAGAAUUUUAUUCUGGGCUCUCUACAGCUUCCUUUUGUUCAUUUGUUGUUACUUGGUGCCCAUAUCUGUCCUAGGAAUGUGAUUAUAUUAGUACAGUGUUUGUGGGUUGUUAUAUCUCUAGUAGUUUCUGUUUGCCUGCUCGUGAAGAUGGCUACUGAUGAUAUUGUAUCUGCUCUUUCGGUGCCUGCCUGCCUGCCUGCCUGGGUAAUGUCCUUUUUUUUUUUUUUUGUCAUUCCAUUUUUCUUUUCAAGAACUGCAGCUGAAGGUAUUGUAGUUUUAGGACAUCAGCAAGCAGGAAAUAUUCUUUCAUUUGUACAUGAGGGUGUUACUGGUUGAUACCCUUUGAUUUCAUCUUUGUAGUGUGUGAUAAAUGAAGGUUUGUUUGCAAGUCCAUUGUGUA